AUUCAAGUAACAAUUCGCUUUGAAAGUUGUCCUGGUUUUUCAUCACUAUGUAAAAACACAGUUAGUAAAAGCUUGUUUUUUUUCUCUCUGUUUUCAUGUCUUUCGAUUUAAAGUUGGGGCUUGAAUUGUAAGCCAAAUAUCAGAUCUCAUGCACGAGUUCUGGCUAAUGUCAAAAUAGUCAACCAUCAUGCUUGUAGCAGGUGAUGUUUUUAUUCCAAAUACUAUGAGGUGAUGAAGAAGCAAGAAUCAGGGCUGCCUGAUAUGCGUCUUAAAGAAUGCGAGUUAUUUGAGUUGGCACAUGUCCUUCGUGUACGCCCGGUUUUGAAAGAGAAACAGAAAGGUAUUUUGUUACAAUAUUAACCAAUUAACUUUAAUAUUAUGAAGUUACAAUAUUAACCAAUUAACUUUAAUAUUAUUGAAGAUUGAUGUGUUGCAAUUAAAAAUACUGUGUAUAUGCUUGUGUGAAAUUUGUCUAGAACAUUUGAUCAAUCUUGAAAAGCUCAUCAUAGUCUUUGGAUUAAUUUAAGGAUUAAUUAGAUUAAGGAUUUUUAGGACUAGUUUUAGGAUUAAUUUAAGGAUUAGUUUAAUUAAGGAUUAGUUUAAGAAUUUUAGGACUAGUUUUAGGAUUAAUUUAAGCAUUAGUUUAAGGAUUAAUUUAAGGAUUAGUUUAAGGAUUUUAGAAAUAGUUUUAGAAUUAGUUUCAGGAUAAAUUUUAGGACUAGUUUUAGCAUUGUUGGUUGUGGGAUUAGAUUUAGGAUUGAAUACCAAGCAAGAUUUAGGAUUGGUACCAGCAAAGUGUACUGUAAGUAUGCAGAUAGCGAGAGCACUGCUUCCCAGUGUCAACCAUAAUUUGGAUCGAAGACUUUGGCAAGUUAUAGGAACGUGAUGUUUUCUCCCCAAAAUAAAUUAUUUAUAGUCCAGCAAACAAUUCCCCGGCAAUGAGCUUGUUUCUUCAUAUGAUUUAGAUGUAGUAGAUACUUCAUCUUACGUGAGAUUGUGGAGUUUUUAUGAAGACUCGGAAAGACGUUUGUUGAUUUUGCUGUGUCGCAAUGAAAGUAAUAAGAAAGGUAAAGUAAAGAAAGAGGAGUUUUGUUUUCGAGACGAAUUUGAAAGAAAUCAGAGAUAUAAGCCCGGGUCAAACAAAGAUGAUGGUUGAUGAACCGUAUAUUUCAAGUCAUCUCAGAGGUUUAAUUAGACAUCUUUUGAUAAAAAUACAGCCAUUUGCAAGUGUUUUUUUCAGCAGCUUAAAGCUUACUUGUACCAGUGAAGUUGUUAUUCUUUUAUUAGAAACAUUCCUUGUUCGACACUAUCAGCUUUAUCAAAAAGCAAUCUUUAAAGAAAUUCCUUGGUUUCAGGUAAAAUUCAUAUAAAUUCCAAAAUUCUCUAAAAAUCUGCUAUACAUAAAAGUUGCUCAUUGUUUUGCUGGUACAUGUACGCUUCAUAAAGAACUCAAGAAUUUCUAUUUUGUCAGGGUCCAAUUAGAUCCAUCCAGUGCAUGUCACUCGAUCCAUCUGGUUCGUGGCUCCUGUGUUCAUGUAGAGACAAAUAUCUUUAUCUCUUGCCAGUUCUAGCUCUCAUCUUGGUAAGAAUAUGUUAUUUCAUAAAGCUUUUAACUUAUUUCUCUUAUUAACUGCCUAUAAAUAAACUUAAUAAAGUGUGUUUAAAGUAUCACUCUCGUGAAGAAAUUAAGCAUCAGUGUACUUUUUGGUUUGAAACAUACAUCGUUCUAGGGCGCAGAAGAAGUGGAUUGUCCACCUCACUGGGAAAACAAUGAUUUAACUAGACUUCCUCCCCACGAAAGGAAAGGUAUUGAUUAUUUUCUUAUUUCGUGAAUACCUUACGUGUUAUAGCCACGUUAUACUACAUGGAACGCUAAACUAACGUUUUACUAGGUAUUGCUACAAGUAUUGUCUGGUGGCAGCAAUCAUUGAUCAAUACGCAUAUAUGCAUACUGGGCACGCAGGUAGGUUGACAUUUUGGAAGGAGAAGUAAAACUAGGAAUUACUCUCGCAACGUAGCGCAAUUUAUGCGUCAAACUCCAAGACAAAGGCAAGGCAAAUAAAGAAUCGAUUGAAGACAAUAUUCCAGUCGUACAGGUAUAUCUGAUCUGUAUUCACACUGUAAUACCGCUUUCUAUGGUUUUUCGUUACUCCCCAAAGCGGAGAAUUGAAAACACUGUUUUCAAGCCUAUCAAAAUACUGCCUCGUAUAUUUUCCUGACGAUUUGAGUCAUUUGAAGUGUUGUUUGAUUCAUUGUAUUUCUAAAAGUGUUUUUUACACCAAAUUCUUGUGUCUCUCAUCGCUGUCGUAGUUAGGUGAAAUCGUGUUUGUGGAUCUUCACAAGUUUGGUCAGACUGUCUUUCAUACAAGUGUCGAAGGUGUCGUCAAGGCAUUAAAUAUUGUGCAAGAUAAAGUACAUGGAACAUGUUAUCUUCUGGUACGUUGGACGUUAUUAUUAAGUCGCUAUUGGCACUCCAAGAAGAACAGUUUAGAACUGAUAGAGCUAUCCAGUAUAAAUAAAGUUAGUUUAGUUUAGAUUUCCUCCUGUAGUAGUAUUGGAUCAAUAAGAGAUGAUCCUUACUGCACCUCUACUCUAGAGGCUCAAGGAAGAACAUUUGAAUAACCGUAGUUUCUGAUUUUGCAUUUUUGGCUUUCCUUCUGCGGUGUAAACUAUCUUAAUUUCUUUAGAUCCAGACAGAGUGUGGGAAGACGUGGAAAUUACUUCUAGAGAGUUACUCUCUUCAAAGGGAAUCUUCAUUUGAUAUCAGCAUAUCUGAUGGUGGGCUGGGAUACGAAAUGCUGAGCCAGCAAUCUAUACCACUGCAUUCUUUACUUGUACCGCAUCAGGACAGCUCGUCGUUUCAAUUGGAACAGAUCCGUUGUCAGGUUGCUUGAAACUACUCUACGCUUACACAUCCGUGACUAAGACCUGAUUUAACAAGAACGCAAUUUAUUGGACGUUAAGAUAAAGAAACAGCACCACAACAACGACAACAGCAAC